AUGGCCCGAUUCUUUGCGAUCGACGUGCCGCUCGAGGUCCUGGAGCUCAUCGUUCGCCUGCUCGACCCCAUCUCCGUGAUCGCGCUGUCCCAGGCUUCCAGUGCAUGGCGCGCGCUGAUCCGCCCGAUGCGCCAUGAUUUCGAGCGGCGCCUGCUGGCGCUGGAGCUGACGCCCGAGCACGGAGGCAUCGUGCCGCUGUUCCACGAACGCGACUCCUCGCUCACCCCGCCGUGGGACAGCGACGAGUGGCGGACCAACAAGUACGCCUGCUGCGGGUGCAUGAAGCUGCGUACCCACUUGAUGUUCGACAACCACGCCAUCCUCCGCCGGCCGUACCGCAAACCGCCGCCGGGGAGCGUCGAGGCCGAGAGAGUCGCCGUCACCGACUGGGAGCCCCUCGAGCCGGCCGCCAGGUGGAGGCGCAUCCAGCAACAGGUGACUGAGGACCGGGAGGCGCGGCGGAUAUGGGCCCAGGCCCGCGCCAGGCAGCGCGAAUUGGCGGGUCCGCCCGCACAUCCCUUCGCGCCCUUGCCCCCGGAACCGGAGACUACUUACGACGACGUCGAACGGCGUUUGGCUGGCGUGUCGCGUCAGAACCGCCGGUGCAUCGAGUGCAAGCGUCGGCGCGGCCAUUUCUCUGGGAAACCGAACGGCGUUGUGCGCGGACCUGGAAUCAGCGAGGUCCCCGUCGUCAUCAGCCGCCAGCUCCGCUUCGAGGCCCUCUGGGAGAGACACUUCCCGGGUCUGUUCCCGCUGUUGCCACCAGAAAUGCGCCCUAGGAAUUGGCCCGUCCUCAGGCGCAUGGAGCAUGGCUUUCUCUCGAGCUUGUACCUCAUCCGCUGCCCGUCUUGUACGACGUGGCUGGAGCACAGCGCCUUCCGAGAGUGGGAUAUGUAUAGAUACGGUAUUUGGUUUCCCCAACGACCCGUGAACCCUCUCCUUUGCAAUCACUGCCACCUCAAGACCCACCGCGAUCCAUCCUUGCUUGCUGGGCAGCUCGCGGCCGCCGCUCUCGACAUGCUGCGUAGCGAUCGCCGCUGGGCUCUCUUUCGUCUGGGCUUCGGCUGGAAGUUUAUCUACAGAGACUUCAACGACAACAACGCCUUGCUCGGUAGAUGGAAGGUCGUCGAACCGGAAAUCCUGGCCGGACUCAGGUGGCGAAACCCACGUGAACACGACCCGGAGAUCGAGGAGGCAGACUUUGAUCACCUCCGCCGCCGUCUGCACCGGUACAGGGAGCUCAUCUACAACGAGGUUGACCCAGACACAAGAGAGGCAGCCUUGCAAAAUUGGUUCCGGCUCUGGGUCGAGGAUUAUGAUCUCUAUGAGGGCAUGUACCAUUGGCUCAGCCAGCAGAUUGCCAGGAUCGAGAGCGAUCCGCAUCUCGUCCUCAACUACGUGUUGGAGCGUAAUCCGUACCGCAUCUGA